GAAGACAAACGCGGGUGACGUUAUUACGUUACAUGUAAAAUGGCGACGGAGACGUAACGCUUUUCAAAACACAAGUGAGAAGUGCAAAACAGCACCGUAUACGUAAACGACCUGUUCUUUUCUCAGAAACACCAUCCGAGAUAUUAGCUGCGUUGACUAAGAUUAAGCCAUGACCGAGCAGGCUGAAAACAGCACAGAGGGCAUCGUGAGCCUGGAUGAGCCCAAAAAGAUGACCAGGGAAGACUGGAGGAAGAAGAAGGAGUUGGAGGAGCAGAGAAAGCUGGGAAAUGCUCCUGCUGAGGUGGAUGAAGAGGGAAAGGACAUCAAUCCCCACAUCCCACAGUAUAUUUCAUCAGUACCCUGGUACAUUGACCCGUCUAAAAGGCCCACACUGAAGCAUCAGCGACCACAGGAUGAGACUGAGACGCAAUAUUCGAUGAUUGGAGAGUGGUACAAGAGAGGAGUACAAGAGAAUGCAGUGGCCACUAAAUUUCGCAAAGGUUCUUGUGAAAACUGUGGUGCCAUGACACACAAGAAGAAAGACUGCUUGGAGCGUCCCAGAAAAGUUGGGGCCAGGUUCACAGGCACAGGCAUAGCUCCAGAUGAACACAGUCAGAUCCAGCUUGACUUGGACUAUGACGGCAAGCGGGAUCGCUGGAAUGGAUAUGACCCAGAGGAACACCAGCGCAUUGUGGAAGAGUACGCUAAAGUGGACCUGGCCAAAAGAACUUUAAAGGCCCAUAAACUUCAGGAUGAGUUAGCCUCUGGGAAACUGGACCAGAAUGAGUUUGAACAUGACAGUGAGGAUGAGGAUGAAGAUAAAUAUGCUGAUGACAUCGACAUGCCCGGACAGAACUUUGACUCCAAGAGAAGAAUCACUGUCAGAAAUCUGCGUAUCAGAGAAGACACAGCCAAAUACUUGAGGAAUUUAGAUCCAAACUCCGCCUACUACGAUCCAAAGACCCGUGCCAUGAGAGAGAACCCUUACUCCAACACGGGCAUGAAUGCGGACGAAGUGGGCUACGCUGGAGACAACUUUGUUCGCUACUCUGGAGACACAAUCACUUUGGCUCAAACCCAGUUGUUUGCCUGGGAGGCCUACGAGAGAGGAUCCGAGGUCCAUCUGCAGGCUGAUCCCACCAAGCUGGAGCUGCUCCACCAGUCCUUCAAGGUCAAGAAGGAAGACUUCAAAGACAAAGAGCGCGAGAGCAUCCUGGAGAGAUAUGGAGGUCAAGAGCACUUGAACGCUCCACCGCGGGAGCUGUUGCUGGCUCAGACAGAGGACUAUAUGGAGUACUCUCGUCACGGCGCCGUGAUUAAAGGACAGGAAAAGGCGGUCGCUCGCUCCAAGUAUGAGGAGGACGUUCUCAUCAACAACCACGCGUGUAUCUGGGGCUCUUACUGGAUGGAUGGCUUCUGGGGUUACAAGUGCUGCCACUCCAUGGUGAAACAGAGUUACUGCACGGGAAAAACUGGAAUUCAAGUAAACAGCACAGACUGCGUUCCAUUUGAAGAGGGGCUUGUGGAGCAACAGGAGGAGGAACAACCAAAGUCUCUGCUGGAGAUGCAUCGGGACAAGAUGGUAAAAGAGAAGAAGGAGAAGAAGAAGAAAAAGAAGAACAAGAAGCGCGAGUCUGACAGCGAUGACUCUGAAGACGAAGAAAAGAAGAAGGAAAAAUUAAAGAAGGCUCUGGAUGCAGAAGACAAACGCGUGAAGCACGUAGAAACCAUAAUGCAGCUGGAUGAGAGGAAAAGGCCGUACAACAGCCUACUGGAAGUGAAAGCACCCACGGAGGAGGAGAUGGAGGCCUUCCGUAUGAAGCGUCCACGUCCAGAUGAUCCUAUGGCUUCCUUCCUGGGACACUAACCUCCUCUGCCAGACUCCCUGUAAAUGUUAGACCUGAACCAGAGCAGCUGCUCUGUGGAAGAAUAUAUUGGACUCAGUUUGUUUUGUACAGUUAAAGCAGGAAACCUGCUGUUUGGUUGCAAAGUUGUUUUCUUUUCUUUUUCUAACCUCAUUUUGUCCCAUUUAUAGCACAAAUGAUUUUUUUCCACCAAACUGUAUAGUGCUGCAAAGAAACAAAAACACAAUUACCUUUCAAUAUAAUUGGAUAACCUAAUGUUUUUAGAAGAAAAGAGUUUAAAAAAAUGUUGUUGCUUAGUUUUCUGUUUGCCAUUGACCUUUUUUUUCUUCUUUUUAUACAGUUAUGAACCAGUUGCAUCAGAAUCUUUUUGGUGGAACUGGUUCAACACCUAAUCACAGCGGCCCCUCAUUACAAAGAACAUUGUACGAUUAUUUCCUGCAAAUACUCACUGUUGCAUACAGCUUUAUUCACUGUUAAUAAUGCCCUUUUUUUAAUAAAAUGCUGUAACAUGGUU